UGAACCUACGAAAUAUUUUAUUUCAAUAUUUUUUAUUGUUUGACUUGACGUCCGUGAUGAAAUUGAACAUUGAUCAAAAGUCAAAACUAUUUCAUAAACAUUCCAUGUUUUUUUCUAAUAUUUUCAUAGUUUAUGUGCACUUUUGCAACUAAAUGGAGGGCUCGCAUGCAAAAGAAACCCUGAAUUGUGCAAGUUGCCUCAACACCAUUGCUGAUGAUGAGUAUGUGUCGGCACUCGGACAGGAUUGGCACAAAGAAUGCUUCCGGUGCUCGGACUGCGACGCGCCGCUGGGCGCCUGGUACCUGGAGACGGACGGCAUGCUGUUCUGCCGGCGCGACUACUGGGCGCGCUUCGGCGACAGCUGCCAGCGCUGCCGCCAGCUCGUCAGCGGGCCGGUGAUGGCGGCGGGCGAGCACCGCUUCCACCCUGAGUGCUUCGCGUGCGACGCGUGCGGCGCGCACCUCGACGACACGGAGCCCUACGCGCUCGUCGACCGCUGCAGGCUCUACUGCGGCGCGUGCGACGACAGCGGAGCGGACGCGCACACCAUCCGCCUGCUGCGCGCGCCGCCGCAUGCUCUGCAGCUGCGCGCGGCGCCCGGCGCGCUGCUGGUGCACCGCGGGCGCUGCGCGGACAAGCUGCGCGGCGCGGCGCGCGCGCUGCUGCGGGCGGUGCGCGCGUGCCUGCUGCUCGCCUGCCGCCGCAUCGACCCGGCGUGCGGCGCGCUGGCGCUGUGCGCGGGCGACCGGGUGCUGGAGGUGGACGGCGCGCCCGCGGCCGGCCGCCCGCCGCCCGACGUGCAGCGCGCGCUGGCCGGCGCCGGCCCCGUGCAGCUGACCGUAGAGCACACCCCCGACACCGUGACCGUCCGACCCGGCGCCCCGUCGGCGCGGCCGGCCGCCGCCGCGCAGGAGCCGGGGCGCCGGGAGAGGCUGUUCAAGCGCAAGGGCGCGGACGGCGGCGGCAAGGCGCGGCCGUUGAAGCGGCGGCAGGCGCCGCGCUCGCCGCCGCUGGCCGACAAGGAGCGCAGCAGCAGCCUGCCGCGGCUGCCGGACUGCGCGGCCGGCGAGGAGCCGGCGCUGAGCCGCGCGCGCUCGCUGCGCGCCGCGCCGCACGAGGCGUUCCGCGCCGCCGACCUGGUGCAGGGCGAGCUGCUGGGCACCGGCUUCUUCGGGCAGGCGUACAAGGUGACGGUGCGCGCCACGGGCGAGGAGAUGGUGCUGAAGCAGCUGUUCCGCGCGGACGCGGCGGCGCAGCGCAGCCUGCUGCGCGAGGUGGGCGUGCUGCGCUCGCUGCGCCACCGCUGCGUGCUGCGCUUCUGCGGCGUGCUAUACCGCGAGGGCCGGCUGCACCUGCUGACGGAGUACGUGGCGGGCGGCACGCUGCACGCGCUGCUGCGCGCCGGCGCGCCGCUGGGCUGGGCGCGGCGCGCGCGGCUGGCGCGGGACGUGGCGGCGGGCGUGCGCUACCUGCACGCGCGGCGCGUGCUGCACCGCGACCUGAACUCGCACAACUGCCUGGUGCGCGCGGGCGGCGGGCUGGUGGUGGCGGACUUCGGGCUGGCGCGCGUGGUGCGCGGCGGCGGGCGGCGGCGCUACACGGUGGUGGGCAACCCCUACUGGAUGGCGCCGGAGAUGAUGCGGGGCGGCGCCUACGACGAGAAGGUGGACGUGUUCUCGUUCGGCAUCGUGCUGUGCGAGAUCAUCGGCCGCGUAUCGGCGGACCCCGACGAGCUGCCGCGGCGCGCCGACUUCGGCCUCAACGAGCGCGCCUUCGUCGACCGCUUCUGCGCCGCGUGCCCCGAGCCGCUGUACCGGCUGGCCUUCCGCGCCUGCGACCUGGACCCCGACGCCAGACCGCCGUUCGAGGUCAUAGAGCCGUGGCUGCAGGCGCUGGUGCUGCACCUGGCGCGCGCGCAGGAGCCGCCGCCCGCGCUGCUGGCGCACAUCCUGCAGUACGGCCGCCGCCAGCCCGCGCCGCCGCCCGCCGGCGUCGUCAAGUCGCAGUCCAACGCUGCGCUGGGCGCGGCGCCCGCCGCCGGCCGCGCGCUCGGCAAGUGCGUGUCGGCCAGCCACCUGGCGCCGCGCCGCGCGCCCGCCGCCGCGCCGCGCCUGUCGCGCAGCACGCACGCGCUGGCGCCCGGCUACAUCCUGCGCGCCGGCGCCGGCGGCAUUGACAUCACGCGCGUCGACGACAUCUCCGAGUGGCUGGAGCCCGCGCCGCUGCGCCGCAGCAGCCCCGCCGCGCGCCUCGACGCCUCCGACUCCUCGUCCGACGGCGACGCGGACUGCGCCGCGCCCUUCGCCGACGCGCUGCGUCGCGGCCGGCGCGCCGGCUACGACCUCGUCGACGCCGAGGCGGCGGGGGGCGUCGGAGACGUUCCCGAGGGCGUCGAACCCAAAACGGAGAAACCCAACUUCUUCGCCAAGAAGCUUCUGUCGCCCAAACUCAGCCGGCUGUUCAGAGCGAGCGCGGGGCGCCGGGCCGCGGCGGCCGACGGGGACGGCGGCGAGCGCAGCCGGUUCUUCGUCGGGCGGCCGACGGCGCCGGCCGCGCCGCGCUCGGCGUACCGCGUGCGCCCCGCGGACGACGACGCGGCCGACGCCGACGGCGACGCUCGGCCGACGCGCGCGGGGCAGUCGCUGACGCCGACGUUCCGACGCCGCCUGCCGGCCGAGCGGGCCGCCGGCGCCGACGUGCGGCACAGCUGCCGGGAGCGCCGCCCCGAGCCGCGCGCCGCGGAGCAGAAGCCGCUCGAGCUCGGCGCGGAGCCGGCGAAGAAAAGGGAGCCGGCCAUCUCGCGCAGCAACUACGUGAAGAUGGCGAACCUGCGCAUCGGGCCGGGGCGGGGCCCGGCCGCCGCCCGCAGCUGAUGCGCGCGCGCCGGGGGGCACACGACGAAGAUAAAGCGUAUCCCCGCAGCGAUACAUGUAGCCGUUGACGUCGAGCGGCAGCUCACGGCCCAAACGUGUGACCGCCGACGAGGCGAUGCAGAACAGAGUUUACUCUGAACCCUGUCACCGUCACUACGGAUGGAGACUCUUGCCAACUGAACAAACUGUAGGUAUAUAAGCGAUAUACAACUGUUGUACUCACUCCAUAAGCUCUUUACUAACACAUUCUCUAAAACUUAAAGGUAGAUACAUGGUUUUCAUAUUUAUAUAUUUACUCGUCGCGCGCCGGAGCAGCUCUGCGAGUUCGUGGUGGAUAUUUUAUUUUAACCAUUAAAUAGCUCCAUCUAGUAUCUUGCAGAUCGUGUACGAGUACACAUGUCUAGUGUCACAUAAUAUAAAUAUGACACUGAUUGUACGCAUUCGUUGACUGUUUAAAUUUCAGAUUUGCAUUUGCAAGUGCGACACAAAAGAAUAGAAAAUAAAUAGAGAGCGCUGAACCCACUUGUUCCCUAUAGGGUAACCCUGUGUACUGCAACUACUGCACCCACGCAGUACUGCAGCUACCUUGAUACUUGAUAAUAAUUGAUAAUAUGUUCUUAUUAUAAUACGAUGACCUGUUAAUAAUAAUAUUGCUAUCAAAUAUAAAUAAAUAAAUUACUAAAUAUAGGCAUUAUUUGAAAAAUGCUUAGAUCAGUAUCUGGUCCCGAGCAGUGUGUUAUGGGUACAGCUGUUUUUAUGAUUUACAAAAUUUAAAAGAAAGUAAAUCUCAUCUAAAUAAAAUUAUUAUAUUUAU